AUUCAUUGUCCACUUGUGGCUUUUUCUGUAUGACUUCAAUACAUCCGCGAAGGCUAAUUUUAUGCCUUUAUAAAUAAACCCAACCUUUAGCAGCCUUUGACGAUGCGGUGGAAGAACGUGUGAUCAACGAAGAGUAUAAAAUAUGGAAGAAGAAUACGCCUUUCUUAUACGAUCUGGUAAUGACCCAUGCGCUGGAAUGGCCCAGCUUGACUGCCCAGUGGCUUCCCGACGUGACAAGACCUGAGGGCAAAGAUUUCAGUAUUCAUCGCUUGGUCCUGGGGACCCAUACCUCAGAUGAGCAAAAUCACCUUGUGAUAGCUAGUGUGCAGCUGCCCAACGAUGAUGCACAGUUUGAUGCUUCGCACUAUGAUAGUGAGAAAGGAGAAUUUGGAGGCUUUGGGUCAGUUAGUGGAAAAAUUGAAAUUGAAAUCAAGAUAAAUCACGAGGGAGAAGUUAACAGAGCACGUUACAUGCCGCAAAACCCAUGUAUAAUUGCCACCAAGACACCAUCCAGUGAUGUUCUUGUCUUUGAUUACACCAAGCACCCUUCUAAACCAGAUCCUUCUGGUGAGUGUAACCCUGACCUGCGUCUUCGUGGACAUCAGAAGGAAGGUUAUGGGCUGUCUUGGAACCCUAACCUGAGCGGGCAUUUGCUCAGUGCCUCUGAUGAUCAUACCAUCUGCUUGUGGGAUAUUAGUGCUGUUCCAAAAGAAGGCAAAGUGGUGGAUGCAAAGACCAUCUUCACAGGGCAUACAGCAGUAGUAGAAGAUGUAUCCUGGCACCUGCUCCACGAAUCUCUUUUUGGAUCUGUUGCUGAUGAUCAGAAGCUCAUGAUUUGGGAUACUCGGUCAAAUAACACCUCCAAGCCUAGUCAUUCAGUGGAUGCUCACACUGCUGAGGUCAACUGCCUCUCUUUUAAUCCCUACAGUGAAUUUAUCCUGGCUACAGGAUCAGCUGAUAAGACCGUUGCUCUAUGGGAUUUGAGGAACCUAAAGCUGAAGCUGCACUCCUUUGAAUCGCACAAAGAUGAAAUAUUUCAGGUUCAGUGGUCUCCCCAUAAUGAAACCAUUCUGGCCUCCAGUGGCACUGACCGGAGGCUAAAUGUUUGGGACUUGAGUAAAAUUGGAGAAGAGCAGUCCCCUGAGGAUGCUGAGGAUGGCCCUCCAGAGCUGUUGUUUAUUCAUGGUGGUCAUACUGCAAAGAUAUCUGAUUUCUCCUGGAAUCCGAAUGAACCCUGGGUAAUUUGUUCUGUAUCAGAAGACAAUAUCAUGCAAGUCUGGCAAAUGGCUGAGAACAUAUAUAAUGAUGAAGACCCCGAAGGAAGCGUGGAUCCAGAAGGUCAAGGAUCCUAGAUGAUGACCUUUUCCUGUUUUUAGUCUUUUCCCUUUCUUCCCUCUCAACCCUCCAAUUGACUUAACACUGGUUUUGAGACACACGUAGACUUUGUGUUCAGCCAUCCUUAUGUAGAUACCAUCAACGAUGCUUUUUAGCCCAGACAGCGAGUACUCCUUAAGAUGAGGGUUUAACCUGACUCAACUGGUACUGCGCUGUAGCUUCUUGUUUGAGUUUCUUACAGCAACCUCUUGUGUAUAGAGCUGGCUGUCCCAUUUAGCUGCCUUUGUUACACAGAGCAAACUUGAUUUUUUUUUUUCUAAAAGUCUAUCCUUUUUCCGUCUUUGGCUUGCUACAGCUAUGGGUUUUUGCCUAAUUUAAAUAAAAGUUAAAUUGCUAGAGCUGCCAGAAUAUGCUUGAGUGAAUGCCACCCCAAUGAUAAAGGUGUUAAUUCCCUAGCAGUUCAGAAGUGGAGCAUGUGAGAGGCCUCGUCCUCUUCAGCAAGACUUGUCUUGGGGUUCCUGUAGUUAGGCCACACCUGUGUGGGUAUUUCUGCUUUUGCAGAUACAAAACAGACCUGCAGAUUCUGA